AUGGCUGAGCUGGAAAGUGAAGAUAGUUCAGAUGGUACAUUAGUAAUCGAUGAACCGAAUUAUGAUAAUCAAACAAUUGAAAUAUUAGACCAUUCAGAUUCAGACGUGGAAAUUGUUGAAUUAGAUGAUCAUGUUGUAGAUAACUCAGAUGUGGAAAUUGUUGAACUUGAUAAUGAUAUAGAAGAUAAUUCGGAUGUGGAGAUUGUUGAGUUAGACGAUCAUGUAAGAAAUACUUCUACUUCUUUGAAUCCUUCAGGUUUAUCCACAAAAAUCAGUUUAACAUGUAAACCAUGCUCUAGAAUAUUUAGGACUAACAAUGAUUUACUCAACCACAUCAGAAAGUUUAAAGGAAGGAUAGGAGGUUGUACCAAUUUACCAAGAAAUUUACCAAAUAAUACGAUAGAAAAAAGAAAAACCACUGAAAAACCCGAAUCUGAGCACUUAAUCAUUAAAAAGAAACGCGGCAGGCCACCAAAAAAGCAUAAUGUUAAUGGACCUCAAUUUCCUAUACCUGUUCUUAAACCUGUUCCUAAAACUAUUCCUCUAUGUCGUCCUUCAAUACCAGAAUUAAUACCAAUAAUCUUCAAGUCUGUUACUAGACCUACCAUUGCAAAAAUUAAUAAUAAUAAUUUACCAUCUCUGCGACAAUUAUUAGUUGAUGAAACUGAACCAGAAUAUCCGUGUACAAUGUGUGGUGAAAUAUUUCGUCAUAAUAUUGGCCUUAUAUGUCAUUUAGAUACUGAACACAAAAAUGAAACAACUAAUAAAGAAGACACAGAUAAAAAUAAAAAAUUGGAUGGAAAAAAGCGAAUUAUGAAGAAAAAUCUUGUUAGCGAAAAUAAGCAGAUAGAAAAUUAUGAGCCCACAUCAGAUACCGUUGAUUUAACACUAGUCCCAGAUUUAAAAAAAGACAGUUUGAUGAAUCGAAUGAAAUCCUACGUGUAUAGUCUCAACAAAGACCAAGCAAUUUGUCUUCUAUGCAAUAUAGACUUCAAGAAUACCAGAAAAGCAUUAGCUCAUGUUGAAGAUAAACAUAUAAUGGAUAAGAUUGAAUGUGGAUAUUGUAAUAUGAAAUUUGUGUUUGAAUUAAAACUAAGAAGUCAUAUGGCAAAAAGACAUAAAAUAAUUGCUGUUUAUAAAUGUGAUAAAUGUUCAAAGAUGAUAAAUAAAGAAGAAUGUGAUAUACAUUCAGAAAAAUGUAAAGGAAAAGUGAAUCCAACAAUAAUCAAAAGAGAAGAAGAUAAUAUCUAA